UGCUGUGCCCUGUAAAGUUCUAGAACUUUACCCAGCAUCCUCUCCGCGCUCAACAUGGAGGAACUGACGGUGGAGGUCCGUGGCUCCAAUGGAGCUUAUUAUAAGGGCUUUGUCAAAGACGUGCACGACGACUCACUCUCCGUUUCGUUCGAAAAUAACUGGCAACCUGAAAGACAAGUUCCCUUCAGCGAUGUGCGCUUACCACCUCCCGCUGACGGCAAGAAAGAGAUCACCGAAGGAGAAGAAGUGGAGAUUUUGUCGCGAGCUAACGAGCAGGAGCCCUGCGGCUGGUGGCUGGCUAAAGUGCGCAUGAUGAAAGGAGACUUCUAUGUUAUCGAGUACGCGGCAUGUGACGCAACCUACAACGAGAUCGUAACGUUCGAGCGUCUUCGCCCGGUCAACCGCAAUAAAGCUGUGACGGAGAACACAUUCUUUAAGUGCAGCGUUCCUGUGCCAGAUGAUCUCAGAGCAGCAUGUGAGAACGAACAAGCCCACAAGGAUUUCAAAAAGGCGGUCGGAGCCAUUCGGAUCGUUUACAGCCCGGAGCAGAGUGAGCUGACUGUACUGUCCAUGAACGAAUCCACCGUCAAGCGCGUCUCUCUGCUGAGUGACAUGCACUUACGCAGCAUCCGCACCAAACUCCUGCUCAUGUCCAGGAACCAGGAGGCCACCAAACAUCUGGAGAGUACAAAGCAGCUGGCCUCGGCGUUUCAGGACGAGUUCACUGUGAGAGAGGACCUCAUGGGUCUGGCCAUCGGAAGCCACGGCAGUAACAUUCAGCAGGCCCGAAAGGUGCCUGGAGUCACCGCCAUCGAGCUGGACGAGGACACAGGGACCUUCCGGGUGUACGGAGAGAGUGCUGAGGCCGUGCAGAAAGCAAGGAAUUAUCUGGAGUUUCUGGAAGAUUCGGUGCAGAUUCCUCGCAAUCUUGUUGGGAAGGUUAUCGGAAAAAAUGGCAAGGUUAUCCAGGAGAUAGUGGAUAAAUCUGGCGCGGUGAGAGUGCGCAUCGAAGGCGACAAUGACAACAAACUCCCUCGGCAGGACGGAAUGGUGCCAUUUACAUUUGUUGGUACAAAGGAGAGUAUCAGCAAUGUACAGGUCCUACUGGAGUACCAUAUUGCUUACCUAAACGAGGUGGAACAGCUGCGGCUGGAGCGCCUGCAGAUUGACGAGCAGCUGCGUCAGAUCGGGGUGGGCUACAGGCCCGUCCCAAACCGACCCGCCGAUAAGGACAAGAGCUACGCCACUGAAGAGAGCACAUCCACCACCCACAUCAACCGCUCCUACACCAACAGGGGCCGCGGCCGCCGGGGGCCCGGGUACACGUCCGGCUAUGGCACUAACUCCGAGCACUCGUACGCCUCGGAGACUGACUCUGAGCGCAAGGAAGAGCUGAGCGACUGGUCCAUGGCAGGAGAGGAGCCCGAGCGUAACCCCAGACAGCAGAGGGACAGCAGGAGGAGACCGGGAGAGGGCCGUGGACGGGGACGCGGAGGACCCGGGGGCAGAGGACGCGGCUCAGGAAGAGGCUCUAUUAGCUCAGUCCUGAAGGAUCCAGAUAUAAACCCGUACAGUCUGCUGGACAACACCGAGACGGAUCAGACGGCAGACACGGAUGCCAGUGACUCCCAGAUGAACACCAAUCGUCGCAGACGCUCCCGUCGUCGCCGCACAGAUGAAGACAGCACAGUCAUGGACGGCAUGAGCGAGUCCGACAACACCUCCCUCAGCGAGAACGGCCUCGAUGAUGCUGAAGCUAAACCACAGCGGCGCAAUCGUAGCCGCCGACGCCGUUUCCGGCCUCCUGAGGAGAGGCAGCCAGUUACUGUGGCUGACUACAUAUCACGAGCUGAAUCUGAGAGCAGACAGAGAAACCCAAGAGAUAUGAGGAAGAACAAAAAGGACAUGGGUCAAGUGGACUUCAUAUCGGAGCACAGCCCGGCUGAAGCUGUGAGCAAUGGCCCCACCAAAGUGGACGAUCAGAGCAAAACGCCACAAGCCUCCACCGAGAAGACGCCCAAAGCCAAGCCAGCCGUCGUCAAUGGAGUCUCCUAAUCAGUUCGGUUUCUUUCUCCAAACUCAUAACCUUUACGAUUUUACAAUAGUGCUUGUACAAGCUUGCCAAAGAUAGACAUACAGACUUCCACAUUCUCGAUUGCACUUUUCAGUUCCUUCACUAUGGAACAGAUAAUUACAAUUUAAAAAAAAAACUUGUCACACCUGUUUCUGAUCAGAUGUUGUGCCUUCAGAGCAUAGUUUCAACAUUAUGUUGGCUGGCUAUAGAGCAAACAAACCGAGAAAAAAAAAAAAAAAACAGCAACUACUUGUCUGAAUAUGGAAAAACUCCCAGACAUCCUUAGCUGCUUUUUGUUACGUUUUAAUAUGCAACCACUUCUUCACGAGGGGUUAUGGGAAAAAGAGGACGUUUUGCACUGAAUAGUCAUUUCUUGAACUUUAGAAUAAUGUUAGUCUGGAAACUGGUCUGCUAAUUGUCUAUUUUAAAUGCUGUAUGUACAACACUUCCUGAACGAUUGAUUGGGUUUCAUCCUUUGUCUGUUGUGUUGUUGUAAUGGUGGCAACCGAGACAGUUUCGCUAAAGGAGGUUUUUUCUUUUUUUGGUUUAUUUAUUUUUAAAUGUACAGUAUUUAAAAUUAACGAAGCAGUGGUUUUUAACACUAAACUGCCUGAAAUUCUUAGCGCGCAGAUUACAAAUUUGGACUACUGAAAGAUCAAUUUCCAGAUGUUCUGUUCUGUAAACUACGUUCGUUAGUCCUUAUGGUUUUUUUUAAAAGAUCAUUCUGGUUGUUUGAUGUGCAGUAUGUUUUGUAUGCAGGUAGUUCAUAAAUAAACAUUUGAUCUUCCAGCCAGCCUUUCAAA